AUGUCUAACACUACAAAGGUUUUGGAUCCUGCAUUCCAUGGAGUGGGUCAAAGAUUAGGAACUGAAAUAUGGAGGAUUGAGAAUUUUCAACCAGUUCCAUUGCCCAAAUCUGAAUAUGGGAAAUUCUACAUGGGAGAUUCAUACAUCGUCUUGCAGACAACACAAGGCAAAGGAGGUGCUUAUUUUUAUGAUUUAUACUUCUGGAUUGGAAAGGAUACAAGUCAGGAUGAGGCUGGAACAGCCGCCAUUAAAGCUGUUGAACUUGACACAGCUCUUGGAGGACGAGCUGUGCAACACAGAGAGAUUCAGGGACAUGAGUCUGACAAUUUUUUGUCAUAUUUUAGGCCAUGUAUUAUACCAUUAGAGGGGGGUGUUGCAUCUGGAUUUAGAAAACCUGAAGAAGAGGAGUUUGAAACACGUUUGUAUGUAUGCAGAGGGAAAAGAGUUGUCAGAUUGAAACAGGUCCCGUUUGCAAGAUCUUCAUUGAACCAUGAUGAUGUGUUCAUUCUUGACACCGAUAAUAAGAUUUAUCAAUUCAAUGGGGCAAAUUCCAACAUUCAGGAAAGAGCCAAGGCUUUGGAAAUUAUACAGUUUCUGAAAGAAAAAUAUCAUGAAGGGAAAUGUGAUGUUGCAAUUGUUGAUGAUGGAAAGUUAGACACUGAGUCAGAUUCAGGUGAAUUUUGGGUCCUCUUUGGUGGUUUUGCUCCCAUUGCAAAAAAGGUAAUCAGUGAGGAUGAUAUCAUUCCAGAGGAAAUUCCUGCUCAGCUGUAUGGUAUCAUUAAUGGUGAAGUCAAGUCCAUGGAAGAUGAACUUUCUAAAUCACUUUUGGAGAACAACAGGUGCUAUUUACUGGACUGUGGUUCUGAGAUAUUUAUUUGGUUUGGCCGGGUAACACAAGUGGAAGAACGAAAAGCAGCUUGCCAGGCAGCUGAGGAGUUUGUUUCAAGCCAAAAUAGGCCAAAAUCUACAAGGAUAACAAGGAUUACUCAAGGUUAUGAGACACGUUCAUUUAAGUCCAACUUUGAUUCUUGGCCAUCAGUAUCUGCUGGUCCUGUCGCCGAUGAGGGAAAGGGAAAAGUUACAGCAUUGCUAAAGCAACAAGGGAUGGGUGUCAAAGGCAUGACAAAAAGUACCCUGGUAAAUGAGGAAAUUCCACAUUUGCUUGAAGAAGGUGGAAAGAUGGAGGUAUGGAGAAUCAAUGAAAGUGCUAAGACCUCAUUGCCGAAGGAGGAUAUUGGCAAAUUUCAUAGUGGAGAUUGUUACAUUGUACUGUACACAUACCAUUCUGGUGAGAGGAAAGAAGAUUACUUCUUGUGCUGCUGGUUUGGCAAAGACAGCAUUGAGGAGGACCAAACACUGGCUUUGAAACUGGCUAAUACAAUGUCCAACUCUUUGAAGGGUAGACCUGUUCAGGGUCGAAUAUUCGAAGGUAAAGAGUCACCACAAUUUGUUGCUCUUUUCCAACCCAUGGUAGUCCUUAAGGGAGGUUUGAGCACUGGAUAUAAACAAUUUGUAGCAGACAAAGGUUUAUCAGAUGAGACAUACACGGAAGAAUCUACCGCGCUUAUCCGAAUUUCUGGAACUUCCAUCCAUAACAAUAAAGCAGUGCAAGUUGGUGCAGUGCCAUCGUCAUUGAAUUCUACCGAAUGUUUUGUCCUGCAAUCUGGCUCUACAAUUUUCACUUGGCAUGGGAAUCAGUGUUCCAUUGAACAGCAGCAGCUAGCAGCAAAGGUCGCAGAAUUUCUAAGACCAGGUGUUCCUUUAAAGCAUGCUAAAGAAGGUACAGAAAACUCAGCUUUCUGGCUUCCACUAGGAGGAAAACAAAGUUACACUAGCAAGAAAGUUACUAAUGAGGUAGAGGAGGUUUACAACUUCUCCCAAGAUGAUUUGUUAACAGAGGAUAUCCACAUACUGGACACACAUGCAGAAGUGUUUGUUUGGAUUGGUCAGUGUGUUGACCCAAAGGAAAAGCAAAAUGCUUUUGAAAUUGGCCAGAAAUACAUAGAUGUGGCUGCAUCUCUGGAGGGACUAUCUCCACGAGUACCCUUAUAUAAAGUAACAGAAGGGAAUGAACCUUUCUUUUUCACAACAUACUUUUCAUGGGAUUGGGAUCAUUCAAGAGCUAAGGUUCACGGGAACUCCUUCCAGAAAAAUGUCACAUUACUCUUUGGAACUGGCCAUGCAGUGGAGGAAAAAUCAAAUGGGUCAAGUGGACCAAGACAAAGGGCAGAAGCUUUGGCUGCUUUAUCUUCUGCUUUUAGCUCAUCGUCUAUGAAAACGAGUAGGGAGAGAUUGAAUGGGUUAGACCAUGGAGGACCAAGACAAAGAGCGGAAGCUUUAGCUGCUCUAAACUCUGCAUUUAAUUCUUCAUCAACGACGAAGAGAGUUGCUCCUAGGCCACCUGGAAAAGGUCAAGGAUCGCAAAGAGCAGCCGCCUUGGCUGCUCUUUCAUCGGUUCUUACUGCUGAAAAGAACAAACAAUCACCUGAUUCAUCUCCUGAGGCCAGCCGCAGUCCUGUCCCAGAGAGUGUCAUUUUUGAAGUUAAAAGUGGAAGUGAAUAUUCUGAAGUUGAUGAAACUACUGAAGCCAAGGAAAUGGAAGAAGUUGCCCCGGAAUCUGGUAGCAGUGAAGGUCUGGAAUCUAGUCAAGAAAAUGUGGAAGAUGAAAAUAAUGACCAGAGUAGUCAAAGGACAUUCAGUUAUGAUCAGUUAAAGACUACGUCUGGCAAAAAUGUGUCUGGAAUUGACCUUGAACGGCGUGAGGCUUAUCUGUCGGAUGAAGAAUUCCAGACUGUAUUUGGAAUGGUAAAAGAAGCAUUUUAUAAAUUGCCGAAAUGGAAGAAAGACAUGUUGAAAAAGAAAUUUGAAUUGUUCUAG